AUGAGUAAGAGCAAAGUUCCCAUUUAUGUAGAUGCUAUUCAAACAAUUGCACAAGAUAUAGAUGCAGACUACGGGGCUUAUGUUUGCUUAGAAGCAACAAAGAAAAAAUCUGUUCAUAUGAACGAAGCGCGUUUAUCUGAACUAGAAGCAUCUUUUGAAGAGGCUAGAUCUUUGCAUCAAAAAAUUGUUGAAGCUCCUCCAGAAGAGUUGAAAGUGAAAUAUAUGGAGACUCUUACAUUUCACAAAUUAAAAGAAGUUUUUUUUUGUUAUUCGUCUGAAUUAAAGCAGCAGCUUACGGUUAUCGAGACUCAAAAUAGUUUUAAUAAAUCCAUAGGUGGUUCAAACGCUCCGUCGGUAGAAUUAAAGCUUCCCCACAUUAAAAUUCCAACCUUCGAUGGUUCUCUUAAAAUGUGGCCAGAAUUUAAAGGGCUAUUUGAAGGCUUGGUUAAUAAAAACACAUCGAUUUCUGAUGCUCAUAAGCUACAUUAUUUAAAAAGCAAUAUAACUGGUGAAGCCGCAAGAAUGCUGCGAAAUACAGAUACGAGUUUUGAGUCUGCAUGGGCGUUGUUGAUAAAAAGGUUUCAAAACAUUCGAUUAUUAAAGGAUAAUCAGUUUAAACUCCUUUUUGAUCAACCUAAAGUCACACAGGAAUCUUCUGAAGAUCUAAAAUUAUUAUUAGAUACAACAAACGAGUCAAAGCAAUCUCUUAAAAAUCUUGGUGUACCUGUAGAAUCAUGGGAAGACGUUCUUAUUUUCCAUACGGUACAAAAACUUCCAUUUACUACACGAGGGCUUUGGGAAUCUCAUAUUUCAACUCAUGUCGAUUAUCCAAAAUACAGUAUAUUGGAGGAUUUUAUUCUCAUGAGAUCCAGAACCUUGGAUAUCCUUGGACAAUCCUCAUCAGGUUUUCAUCCACAAAAACCAAAACCUAAAUCGUCGUCAAUUCGUGCACAUAACUCAACAAUUUUGAAUAAGUGUUCACUUUGUCAAGGUUUACAUUCAAUUCGAAAUUGCUUUAAAUUUAAGGCGUUCAAGAUUCAAAAAAGGCUUGAAUUCGCAAAGAAAAGAAAAUUGUGUUUAAAUUGUCUUUCAAGUGCACAUUUAACACAAAGUUGCACGAGCACUUUUACGUGUUCAACGUGCCAACAAAAGCACCAUUCAUUACUGCACACGCCAGAGCCAGUUAAUGCAAUGCCUGCUAGUGAACACGCUUCAACGGCAGCUGUUCUACAACCAACUCCACCAGCUUCCUCUUCCACCCAAAAUUCUCAAUCGGGAUCAUCAGAAAAACUUCCAUCCUCCAUCGAAAAUGCUUCAGCCUACAAUGCGUUUAUAGCCGAAAACACUCAAUCAGCUGUUCUUCUGGCUACGGCCCUCAUAAAGGUUAUGACACCUACAGGCCAACCGUUGCAACUGCGAGCACUAGUGGAUCCUGGAUCAGAAGCUUCCUUUAUAACUGAGUCUGCCGCUCAACUUUUAAAUAUGAAAAAGGAAAGGAGCUGUGCUAACAUUAUUGGUGUUGGCGAAACCACCACCAGCACUUCCAAAUAUAAAGUCACCUUCACCAUUUUAUCACGGGUAAAUGCAAACUUUAGUUUACAGCUUAAUGCCUUGGUCCUACCCAAACUAACAGCCUUGCUCCCUACGCAAAACAUAACAAACUCUAAUUGGAGUCAUCUUCAAAAUCUCACACUUGCGGACCCAUCUUUCAACAAAACAAAUAAGAUUGAUGUUUUACUGGGCAGUGAUGUUUAUCCGUUCAUUAUCCUUGAAGGCCUUAUCAAAGGAGAGCAGGGUUCCCCUAUAGCUCAAAAGACGGAACUAGGCUGGGUUCUUUCUGGGGGUAUUUCGUCAAAAAACAACUCAAAAAUAACAUCGCUCCACAUGAAAACUGAACCUCAAACUUUGGACAACUUAUUAGUUAAGUUUUGGGAACUUGAAAGGGUUCCUAAUCGGCAGCUGCUUUCUCCAGAAGAAGAGCAGUGUGAAACACAUUUUUGUAGAACCCAUCAACGCCAAUUAGACGGCAAGUAUAUGGUCCAACUUCCUUUUAAAGAAGUAGCACCGCCGUUGUUAGGGUGGUCUCAAAAGUCAGCAUUUGUUCGAUUUGUACAAUUGGAAAAAAGAUUCAAAGCGAAUGCAUCUUUCUGUGAGGAGUAUAAACGAGUAUUUAAUGAAUAUAAGGAUCUUAACCAUAUGACUGAAGUGGGGCCUACUGCAUUAUCUUCUCCUCAUUAUUUUCUUCCCCACCACGCAGUGAUGAAAGAAUCCAGCUCAACUACGAAGCUACGGAUUGUUUUUGAUGCGUCCUGUAAGACAUCAGACGGAACAUCUCUAAAUGAUCAUCUGUUUAUCGGCCCGAGAUUGCAAGAUGACAUCUUUGACCAUAUAUCUCGAUUUAGGAAACAUAAAAUUGCAUUUACCGCCGACAUUAAUAAAAUGUAUAGGCAAAUUUGGGUUACGCCAAAUGAUUCCUUGUAUCAACUUAUUUUAUGGCGAGACCUAGAAGGGGAUGGGGUUAAGAUAUACCGCCUUAACACGGUCACAUUCGGCACAGCUUCCGCACCGUAUUUAGCAAUUCGUACGCUUCAACAACUUGCAGCAGAUGAGCGAGAUGAUUACCCUAUUGCAUCGAAAAUAGCUUUGAAAAACUUUUAUGUGGAUGAUGUUAUUCACGGGGCAGACUCAGUAGCCGAGGCCUUGGAAAUGCAGUCUCAACUUAUAACAAUGUUGAAACAUGGAGGUUUUCCGUUACGAAAGUGGGCGAGCAACUGUGAGAUGCUACUGACAUCUGUUCCAGAGGAGGACAGGGAAAUACAAGUUCCACUUUCUUUCAGAGAAGAAGAUGCAAUAAAAGCGCUUGGAAUACAGUGGCAUCCGGCGAAGGAUAUUUUUACGUUCAAGAUCGCUCUUCAAGAUCUUAAGACUACUACAAAACGGAGUAUCCUGUCCGAUCUUGCACGUCUUUACGAUCCAAUGGGAUGGAUAGCACCCUGCGUCAUCGUUGGCAAGAUAUUAAUGCAAGACAUCUGGAAGGAAAAACACACCUGGGAUUCUGAACUCCCAGCAACAAUCGUUUCUGCGUGGCAUAAACUGAAGAUGGAACUAAAUGCUUUAAAGGCCAUUGAGAUUCCCCGCUGGAUCAACUUCACCAAGGAGUCAAAGAUUGAGGUCCAUGGAUUCUGCGAUGCCUCCGAAAAGGCAUAUGCUGCAGCAAUCUACCUUCGAAUAACCACUGGAAUAAAAAUUUACACAAACCUUAUCUUGGCAAAAACAAGAGUGGCACCUUUAAAAAAUAAGUCCAUAGCUAGGUUGGAACUUUGUGGAGCCUUGCUAUUAGCACAGCUUUUGGUCCAUACUGUAAAGACGAUGGAGCUUCAAUCGUCAAAAAUAUUUGCUUGGUGUGAUUCUCAAAUCACACUUGCAUGGAUCAAAAGUGCACCCUACAUAAGGACCACAUUUGUAGCCAACAGAGUGGCAGAAAUUCAGGAACUUACUGAUCCUCAGCGUUGGAACUACGUUCCAUCUAAGAAAAAUCCAGCGGACAUUGCAUCCAGAGGAGUUUCUCCCAAUGAACUCGUAGAAAACCAUCAAUGGUGGUAUGGGCCCGCAUUUUUACAGGGGUUUGAUGAACAACUUCAUCUUUCAUCCGAAAUAAAAUCUACCGACCUUGAGACCAAAGCGUCGGAGAUAUCAAAAACCAAAAAUGAUUUGAUCGCAUCUGGGUAUCCCAUUAUAAAUAUUUUUCAGCUCUGCGUCCACUUCACGUGUUUCGAAACAAAUCAACCGCUAUUUGAACGCUUUUCCUCCUUGAAUCGUCUCUAUAGAGCUGCUGCGUAUUGGCGUCGCUAUCUUACCAACUUAAAAUUUAAGGCAAAGAAUAUAACAACUCGCAUAUCUGGACCACUUUCAGUGGAUGAAAUAUCUUCUGCUCGAACGCGAUUGAUUGUUUAUGUCCAGAAAGAGUUUUUUGCCGAAGACAUUUCAAGGCUUACAAAAGGUGAUACAGUUUCUAAAAGGAGCAAACUGGCAAGACUUUCACCAAUCGUCGAUGAGAAAGGAAUUCUUCGAGUUGGAGGUCGAUUGGAAAACGCUGAUUUACCCUAUUCACAGCGACAUCCAAUAAUUUUACCUUCGCAAGGUUUUUUAACGUCGCUUAUCGUUCAUGACACUCACAUGAAGUUACUACAUGGAGGUCAGCAAUUAAUGAUGGCAAUACUUCGUACUGAGUACUGGAUUGUGCACCUAAAAUCGACUGUUAAAAAAUGUAUUCACAAAUGUUUGAAAUGCUACAGGUUUACGGCAACUGAGAUGCAGCAGCAGCAUUUAAUGGAUACUAAAAUAUUUGAUUUGAAGAAAGCGAUGUGUACUUUGAAGGAUCGGAUUCAGUACAUGCCAAUAUUGCCAACUGAUUCCAAUGAACCUUCCAGUGCUUCCAACGUAAUAUUACCAUCUGAAGCUGAUUCGGAUGAGGAUGAACAGGAGGAAAAGGAGCCUGAUAUUUGGACACCUGCUCAUGGAAGAUCGUUGAAAAAUUUUCAUUCUGAGGAGACUUCAGAGUCUGUUGUAGAUUUCAGUGAUAGAAAAGAACCCUUUGACUUUUUUCCCUUAUGGUGA